AUGCCUCCGUUUAAACCCCCUGUCAACCACACGACACCCCAAAGCACAUCCGCUGGACCACGAUUGGCACCUGGUGUGAGGAAACGAAAGCCGGACGGUGCAUCAAACACGACUGCAGCAAAACGAGCACGUCAAGUGGAAGCCACACGAUCGAAUGUACUGCGGGACUCACCAUUUCUCGAUCCAUUUCAUCCUGCAGCAGCACCAUACACUUUUGAGCCCGAGAUGAGUGUAGCAGAGUCCGAAGAGCUUACCAGACAAUUGCAGCACCAAGAGCUUGCGACUGCAACAGAAGGAUCGAGAGAGAUGGGAAGACCGGGAGAUGGUUUUGAGUUAGGAGAUGCUGCGGAUGCUGACGAGGACGAGUACGAUUCGGACGCACCCAUAGACCCAAUUCUUCGCAACGAUAGUCAGCAUAGGCAGCACGAACAACAAGACUUCAUACCUGCUUCAGAAGACAAUAGAAAGCAGCCCAGUAGCUCCUCUCUAAUGUCUCCCAUAUCCUUGACACGCCCUCGACCACAGGUAAAUCCAGCCCAGCCAUUCAUUCCGUCAGGGCGAACAUCAACUGCAGCAGCCUCUCGUGCCCCAUCUGCAACUCCGUCUCGACCAACAUCGGCAGUGCCAUCUAUGCGGGGGUCCACACCACUUUCUGAUGCGUUCGGCAGCCGUCGUACCUUGGCCACUCCAGCAAGUAGCGUCUUCAAACCAACGCAGCGUCGGCACCCAGUGCAACCUUCAAAGACAUCUCAGGCAACUGCGAACCAGUCAUUUCGAACACCUGACUUACCUCUAGCUCGGAGAGCUGGCUUUUCAACAGCAAGUGACUCUGUGCAGCGCCAUCCAGGAGGUCCUCCAAAACAAGCAUCUGCAAAUACUGCUGCGAGAGCUCCCAGUACUGCAUUCUCCGAUAAAUUGGCCGAUCUCGAUGCUCUUGUCCAGAAUCUUGCGAGCAGCAUGGAGCGAUUAACGGUGCAAUCUAGAACUUCCGCAGGACUCGAAACUCAACUUCACUCCGUAGUCGAGCAGAAUGAAGUCUUGCGAGAGAUGGUCAAGGAACAUCGUGCCGAGAUCGAUGAGCUCAAGAGUACUGUUAACGCGCAGGGUACCUCAUUGGACGAACUUCUCACUUUGAUCAAUGACCAUCGCAGCUUGGAUACUCUCGGUCCAUCCACCAAAUCUGUCGACAAGGCAACAAAAGCUGUGCGCGACAAUGUUUUCAAUGCUGCUGUCAGACACACAUUUCUGCACGCCAUGGGUAUAUCAGAUUCAAAACAGGCUGCAACACUGGAGCCACUCGAGCAAGAUACCUUCUGGCUAGAAUGUGCGACACGAGGAGCGGCAGUUCUCCGCCCCAACUUUGGGGGUUCAUGGACAGAAAACGUCGACUGGAGGGAAGAUAUGAUCCGAUAUGUUCGACUAAAGGCCUGCGAGGUGUAUGGUCAGCUGCGCGAAGAGCAUCUGAAUAAAAAGAGCAAUGCCGACAUCACAAGACAGUUGAAGGAAGUCUUCGAAAACACGAGGGAUGCCAUUAAGAAGGGAGGGAAAGGGUCAGAUGCCGUGGAAGCAAGGAAUCGGAAACAGCGACAGCAUGCUAGAAAAACUCGUAAAAACAAUGAGCGUGCGGAUAGAGAAGUGCGUAAGGAAACGAACACCGACAGUCCAGAGUGGGACUGGUUUUACCAAGCCUGCUAUCAGUCUACUGACGAGUCGGAUUCUGGUGGCGGAACAACCAUGCGAUCAUUAGAAUUUGAUUCAGAUACAGAAGACGCACCUCGCGCACCCAAGAAAUCUGGAAAGUCGAAGAAUCCAGACGCCACCUGGACCUCUCGGCCUCCGACAUAUCGAGAUGCACUGAUCAAUGAAAAAAUUGACCUUAUGAAUACCCUGGUCAGCAAUAGACGUGCGGAACGGGGUGGAAGGAAUUUCAGCGUCCCUGUUGUUAGAGGUGAACCGCGUGAAAAGGACCUCCCUCGGCCUGGCAACAAUAAACCAAAGAUUCUGCGAACGUUCGUCAGCGCAGAGUGGCUUGCUGAUCAUCAAGAACAAGACACACCUACUCGGAUUUGCUGGUUAAAUCAAUCAGAGCAGAACAUUCAAGGCCAAUUUGCUGACGACGGAGAUCAAGCACGCAACUUAACUAUGGGCACAAACGGUAAAUUGUUUUGA